UUUAACAGUUUACCGCAGGCAACCUACAGUAAGCGCCGUGGUACUAUUUUCAUACAGGUAACCGCUAUGGGACAUGAUAUUAGUGUAUCAGCCCCUCUUUGGAGGAAUGCCGUUGUUAGGUUGUUUGGUAUAUUUGUAUGCGGAAUUGUUCUCGGAAUGGGAUUGUGUAAAAUGGUGAUGACUGAUCAAAUAACACGUCACAUGAUACGGCGAGAUGAUCGAUCCGGUCUAUCUCAACUGAUCAAUCAAUUCGAUGACCCAAUGACUCCAAGUAGCGAACGAGUAGCAGAAAAGAACAACGUGAGUAACUUUGAAUACGACAGUUACGGCCGUUAUGGUCUGGAUUGGACAGGUAUUGUAGCUGAACUGGAGUGGAUGUACCGUCACAAUAAAGAGAAAUCUGAACACAAAAAACUUACAUUGGUUAAUUUUGAAAUCGGUAAAGCGUCGUCUGGGCAGACUUCGUUGGACCAUACUAAAUUGAAUCUUCUUAAUAACAAAAUACAACAUCGAAAUAUGGUCCACGUAGUCAUACAGGCGUACGAUGACUAUAAUAACAAGCAGUGUCGAGGUGGUGAUUUUUUCUCCGCUGUUAUGUCCAAUGAGAAGCUACAACAGAGUACUUCCGGUAGAGUGUUGGAUUAUGGGAAUGGCACAUAUUCAGUGUUAUUUUAUGCUGCAUGGACAGGAGAUGCCGAGAUAAACAUCGUGCUCACCUCAACCAGAGAAGUAAAUGAUUACCUCCAAAAAAUGUUAAAAAGAAAAGUUACCAUGCAUUUAGGUGCUAUAUACAAGGAUGGUACACAUACAGAAGAAACCAAAUGUUCUAUUGUCAGCAAAGUCCCAUGGGAAAAGAAAUGUGAAUAUAGAAAUCCUUCGGCGUUUGGAAAUACUGUGAUAUUAUGCGACAAACCAGAAAACAUUGCCUGUGAAAAAUUGGUGAAUAUUAGUUCCGGUGUCCCACAGUCCGGUGACCUCACCAGUGCCGAAAUGCAAGCACUUACUCUACUGUAUGAAGGAAAGAAUUCAAACCCCCGGAUAAAAGGAACACCCAUCAAAAUUAAAAUUGUCGGCUCUGAUCUAUCCACUCCAGCACUGCCGCCGUGUGGUCCUGAUUUACCGAUUCCUGUAUCCGAUGGCUAUUGGGUUGACAACGUUACAUUCAUUCCGAUGGUUUGCCAAAGUCAACAGUGGGAUAAAAAUACAGGAGAAAUAUGUUUGUCAAAAAAGUUGAUCAGAGUUUACGGUGACGCAACAUUGAACGGCGUGCAAACGUACUUGAAACACAAUUUCAAAGCAGACAUUCACUAUCAAUUUGAUGCUCCGAGGAUCGGUGGUUCCCCAGUCCCUGUUGAACGAAUGGUGUUGGAGAGUGAUUAUCUUGAUGAUAUUUCACAAGCUGAUUGUAGCGCAAAACAAGUUGUGGUUAUUCUAUCCUUAAUGUACCAUUUCCGUUGGUGGUCGAACUCUGCGUACAUAGACAGAAUCUUUCAUGCCAAGCUAGCGGUUCAACGGUUAAUGGUCAGAUGUCCAGAUGCAAUAGUCUUGGUCAAGUUGGCCCAUCCCAUUGACGGGAUGAAUGUUGCCCCACCACGAAAGAAUAAUUGGAUUUUAUAUGAUAUGAAUAGAAUUACGCGUUAUAUUUUCCGAGAUAUCGGAGUAAGUUUUAUUGAAGUGUGGGACAUGGUUCAAUCUCAUUUCAAUAUGCCUGUGGUACAUUUAUCACCACAUAUUGUACAACAAGAAGUCAAUUUGAUUAUGUCUUAUAUUUGUCCAGAUAUGGUUAAAAAUUCCGAUAUUGAUAGUUAG